AAAAGUGUCCUCUUUUCUAAUUUAAAUAUACGAACCCACCUAUUCAAUAACUCAUCUCUCUCUCUCUCUCUCUCUCUCUCUCUCUCUCUCUCUCUCUCUCUGAAAAUGGAGUUUGGAAGCAUUCUUCAAUUUCUUGAAAACAAGAAUAUUUUGAUCACUGGUGCAACUGGGUUUCUAGCAAAGAUAAUGGUGGAGAAAAUAUUAAGAGUGCAACCAAAUGUGCAGAAGUUGUACCUUCUUUUGAGAGCCGCAGAUGCUAAGUCUGCUUCUCAACGCUUUCACAAUGAGAUUAUAGGGAAGGACUUGUUCAGAGUACUAAAAGAAAAAUGCGGAGCAAAUCUAAAUUCUUUUAUAAAUGAAAAAAUUGUCCUUCUCACUGGUGACAUUUCUUAUGAUGAGGAUUUGGGAGUGAAAGAAUCCAGUUUGAGAGAGGAGAUGUGGAAAGAAUUGGAUGUUAUUGUUAAUUUAGCAGCAACAACCAAUUUUGAUGAAAGAUAUGAUGUGGCACUUGAAGUCAACACAAUUGGAGCUAAGCAUGUUAUGUGUUUUGCCAACAAGUGUGUUAAGCUCAAGGUUCUUAUCCAUGUCUCCACUGCUUAUGUUUCUGGAGAGAAGUCAGGACUGAUACUAGAAAAUCCAUUUGGAAAUGGAGAGACACUUAAUGGAGUUUCUGGAUUAGACAUUGAUGAAGAGAAGAAACUGGUCGAUCUCAAAUUAGAUGAACUUCAAUCACAAGGGGCCACUCCUCAAGCUAUCAAGGAAGCCAUGAAAGAUAUGGGCAUCCAAAGGGCGAAGGUGUAUGGAUGGCCAAAUACUUACGUAUUUACAAAGGCAAUGGGAGAGAUGCUUGUAGGACACUUAAAGGGCAAUUUGUCGGUUGUCAUCGUAAGACCUACCAUUGUAACCAGCACUUACAAAGAACCCUUCCCUGGUUGGGUUGAAGGUGUCAGAACAAUUGACAGUUUGGCUGUUGGGUAUGCGAAAGGAAGACUUACAUGCUUUCUUGGUGAUAUUAAUGGAAUUGUUGAUGUGAUACCAGGAGAUAUGGUGGUGAACGCAAUAAUUGUAGCAAUGGUGGCUCAUGCUAAUGAACCAAGUGAUAAUGCAAUUUAUCAAGUGGGUUCUUCAGUUAGACAUCCUGUUAGAUACAGUAACCUUCAGGAUUACGGAUUGAGCUACUUUACCAGAAAACCAUGGAUUGGUAAAGAUGGGAAACCUGUCAAAGUUGGUAAAGUUAAAGUCUUAGAAACCAUGAAUAGCUUUCACAGAUACAUGGCUCUCCGUUACUUGUUAUUGCUAAAGGGACUGGAAUUUGCAAACACAGCAUUUUGUAAUCAUUUUGAGGGCAUGUACAGUGACCUCAGUAGGAAGAUCAACUAUGUUAUGAAACUGGUGGAACUAUAUAGGCCAUACUUGUUCUUCAAGGGAGUAUUUGAUGAUAUGAACACAGAAAAAUUGCGAAUGGCGGCGAAAGAGAAUGGUGUGGAGAAUGAUUUGUUCUAUUUCGAUCCAAAAUCUAUUGAUUGGGAAAAUUACUUCACAAAUAUUCAUAUUCCUGGCAUCGUAAAAUAUGUGUUUAAAUGAUAAUUAACCGUUAGAAGGGGGAAAUAAAAGAUCAUAUAUAGUUUUCUUUCAUUAUUAAUUAUUUCCAAGAAAAUUGUAAUUCUAUUCAGACUGUGUUCUUUUUUAAGGGUAAUUAGUAUUAUUUAUGUAUGAUUUGCUCAUGUCAGAAUUAAUUAUAUAUUUUAAGAAGUGUCUUUCCAGUGU